GUAAGAAUCAUAAGAAUCAUAAUAGAAGUAAUAAUAAUGAGCAUAAGAAUAGGCUCCGGAUGGGCCCCCAGGCACCAAUCCAUCCAUCCAUCCAUUCAUGGACCUCAUCGGAUCCUCGCUUUCCCCCCCACUGCUACUUAAGUACUAAACGACAACAACAUUGGAAACAGUCCUCGUAUUCUCCAGAAAGAAGAGAGAAAAUGCGGUCCUACUAAUUUGAAUUAUCCUACUCCACAGGUUCAGGUAACAAUAGCUCAAGCAAUUGGUGCCUCGAAUCAGUCACACUUCCGCUAGUCAAUUCCUGGUUCCUACACAAAUACGAAACCCCCAUUUUCCCAGCUACAUAAAUACUUCUUGAAAUGCCAUGCUUCUGAAUCUUCCUCUGGAACUUAUUCAACUUAUCUUGUUGAAGUGUACUACCCAAACAUUUCUGCAAGUAGCUUUUAGCUGUCGUACUCUCUAUGGGAUUGCCUCCAAUUACCGAGAGGCUCUCGCCCAUCAUCUGAGGCAAACUCCGGGGUUCCGCCGGAAUCAAAACAUUUCCUCCACAGACACCAAGCAACUUUUUCAGAUAUUGAAACAGCACGCAUUUCAGCAGUUGUACGGCAGCCAGUUUCGCGCAAAUUGCACAAAAUUCAACUUUGGAGAGCAAAUCCUCAAUGUGCCAGCAUCGUCACUUGCCUCCUUCGGUAACAAAACUCUCAUCUUCACUACAUGUCAGGAUCAGAGGCUUGUCCAUGUUUUCCAGGUCGCUGAUGGGAAGCUAACGUCGCUGGCUCAACUAAAGCUGCCGUGGGACCAAUCAGGGCGACUGGAAGUAUCCAAAAUAGCCUUUGAUGGAGAGGACAAGAUCUAUGUCCUCCAGCGGUUUACACCUGCUAUCGAUGAACACGGCCCGGAUGCGGAGCAUCCGUUUAUCAGGCAAGCAAAGGAGUCUAGUCGUUAUGGGAAAGUUUAUCUCACCCGCCAUUCUCUUCAAUGCCCGGAUGGUCUGGUGCGAAUUUGCGAUUUUGUUGACGAUGGCGAUAUCGACCCUUCGGCCUUGGCUGUGAAUUGCCAAGGCACAUUUGCUAUCGUGUGGCAUCAUCGCCAAUAUGCGGAUUGUUCAAUCCAACUUUAUACUGGUAUAGAGGAAGCACCGCACGACCCUACGUCUAAUCUCAUCGGCCUGACCUGUCAAAGUAUUAUCCUGAAGGAUUGGGCUCCUCCAUCUCCUCCCGGGGAAGCGGUAGAACGGCGAUUAAUAACCGAUUUGGAAUUUAACGACCGGUCCAUGCAGUUGCUUUACUAUUACCAAUCAAGAACUCUGUAUAGAGCAUUCCAGAGUUGCCUAUCGGAAUCUCCACACUUGUAUAGGAACUCAACUCCAGUCACAUUUACCCCAUCGCUCAGUCUUCUCUUUUCGAUUGGGAUUCCUUUCUUUGGAACUCAUGAAACCGAAAGUCAGAACGGCUUUGAAACGUGUCGAUGGAGAUACCUUGCCCUUGGCAUUGCCACCCAUCGUCAGGAGAACUGGACGGUUGCAUGCCUCAUGCGAUCUGAAGCGGUCUGCCGGGCAAGUAAUUGUGGACAUGAGCUGAACCUUGAUCGCGGGCGACGAUUGACGGACUGGGUCAUCGCGGCACGACUCUGGGGCUUUAGAGAUGCAACCAGUUCGCUGGGUUGUAAAGUCGCAACCUCCAGAGAUGGGACAAGGAUUGCGGUUUCCAACUGGAAAACCAUCUAUGUGUGGGCUUUGGAUCCCGGGUCUCUCAUCGAUCUGAAUGAAAACGAAUACUAUCCUCCAUCCUGGCAAUCCUCGGAGACGGGGUUGAUCGAUUUACCGCCGAUGGUCUUACAUACUGGGGCUGUUUGUUUCCAGCUUUGCUUCACACGCGAAGAGAAUGAGCUGGUUGCCAUCACAGACCAAGGAUUCAUGCUGUGGGAUCUCCGUGCGUCGGGGACUGGCAACCGGACUAGUCAGGUGGUGGAUGUAUAAACAAGGCAUUCAUGAUAUUUUUUUUUUUUUUUAAUAUCAUCAGGAUGGGGUGUUUUGUUUAUGUAUCUAUAUUGGUCUAUGAACCCAUUGUAUUUCCUGAAUAUUCAAUUAGGGACUACACUUGCAAGAACGGCGUUUGGAAAUCACAGCCAGUAUUACAAUGCAUAUCUACAGGCAAGAACUAGUUUCAUACCGGAUUCCCCAGGGUAAAACACCCAUAUAGAGAAAAAAAGAAGAAGAAGAUCUUAUUGUUGCCCUUCCCCACUACCAGACAUGGCUAAGAAUGUAAUGAUAAGGAAAACCCACCAGU